GGAGAGAAUCGGCGGUAUAAAACGAUGCGUUCAUCAGUUUGCGCGAUCAUACGCCGAGCAGUGUUGCAGCAGGCAGUGGACCGCGGUUCGUAACGACAGUGUUUAUCAAGCCUAAACAGCAAUUAUGUCGCCAAUGCCAUGUGUACUCUUACUCGUCAUCUCAAUCGCGGCUCUUCCGAGCAUCAGUUCCCUUACUUUGUCCCCUGAAAACUGUGUGACCAAUUCGGAGUGCCAAUCAAGCUCCUGCUGCUUGCUAGGGCCUUCACGGUACGCGAUACCGACUUGCAUGCCGUUCCAACAGCAAGGUGAACAAUGCCGAGUAAACGCUGACACUCUCACAACUAACUUGUCUUAUCCGGACAAUACGGAACUGGAAGUUACAGGUGUCCAUUCGAUCUUGUGUCCUUGCGCCAACGGAUUAUCUUGCGAUCCGAAAAGCGGCAUCUGCAAUUAGAAGAAUUUUCUGUCAAUUAAAGUGAUCGGAAACAUUAUGAUUAUGUAAGGUCAGAUAUAAUAUUUGGGGAAUCAUUGGAAAAAUCAAGUAACAUUGAAAAAGUAUUUUAUCCUGUUGACCAUCAUAAUUGGAAUAUGUUCCAGAAAUUAAAGCGUUGUUAAUUAUUAUUAUUCUAUCUGUUACAUUAUUAUAUUAUUUUAUUCUGUUAUGAUAUUUUUACUAUUCUUUAAUUAUUGUUACUUAUACCAGAGAAACGUUAAUUAGUAAUUGCAAAUAAUAUAUUGAAAUAAAUUGAGAACAGACUCUGUGCAUGAUUAAUAAUAUCUAUAAUACUUAUGAUAGAAAAAAGUUUCAAAUUGCAAGUAAUAUUUUUUAAAAAUGUAUUUUUAUGGCAAGCAUUUUUAACAGAAUUGCUGUUAUGAAAUACAAUCUGGAAUGAAGAUUAAACUCUAUCUUCGAUUUAUAAAGAAAAGUCUUUUAUUUCAACAGAGGGAAAUUAGCAAUAUUAUUUGUAAAACUGGAAGUAACAUUAAUCUUCAAAUAAAUAGGAAAUGUGUCAAUAUACAAUCGGGCUGGAUCUUUUGUGCCUAAUAAUAUUAUAUUCUAAUAUUUUAUGUGUACAUUGUUUUCGCUUAGCAAACUACGCGCCGUUACAGUCAGUUUUGAAACGCAAUUUCAAGCUGAAGCUAGAAAAGUAUAAUCACAUAUAUAAUUAAAUUGAUAAUCAAUUUAAUAAUACUGUUACUGCAAAGGA